AUGUCGCGCUGUUUUCCAUUUCCACCACCAGGAUAUGUAAAGAAGGCUAGCACAGAUGAAGUGGACUUGUUAAAAAAGGAAAAGCAGAAAGAGAAAAAACAUAAGAAAGAUAAGAAGGACAAAGAGAAGAGGGAAAGUAAGGAGAAGAGGGACAAAGAAGGAAGAGAUGGAAAGCACAAGGAAAAGAAGGACAAAAAGGAAAAACACAGAGAGAAAAAGAAAGAUAAGAAAAAGGACAAGAGCAAAGAUAGAGAUAAAAGUAAAAUCAUCUCUGCAGAUGACAAAGGGUUUCCAAGACAAGCUGAGGGUCUCAACACUGGUAAUCUCCAUCAAAAGGAACUUAAGCAAGAUGAUAAGAAGGGUAUCUUAUUUGAAAACAGACUCACCCAACAGUACUCUGGUAACAAUGGGGAGAAGGCAAGAGAUAAAAAUCCUCUGGCUGAGGAGAAUACGGAUUCAAGGUUCCUCCUGGAGUUGGACAGGAGGAUUAGGAAUGAUGAUGGGGGAGCUAACAAUCAAUUCGUUCAUACCUUUACUGGUGCAAACCAUAGAAAAGAUGAGGGGACUGUUAGGCUGGUGGCUAAAGGUGGUGGCUCCAGGCUUGAUGGUAAUGAAAAACUCAUGGAUAAGGGUCUUGAUGUUAAGAAAAUUGAUGCUAGAGGAGUACAGGCUGAGGUCCGACCUAUUGGAAAUUCACCAGUUCAGAAUCAUACUGGAAAUUUUCAUCCUGGAGAUGAUGGAAUACCAAAAGUUUUGGGGAAGUAUUUUGAAAAGAAUUUGGAAGCAACAGUUGAAGGCAAAGAAAAGGUUAAGGAAAAGAAAGAUGAAGGUAGAGAAAAGACCAAGGAAAAGACAGAAGAGGGAAAGGUUAAGGAAAAGAAAGAUGAAGGAAAAGGAAAGGUUAAGGAAAAAAAAGACGAUAAAAGAAGAGAUAAAAGGAAAGAUAGAGAGAAGGAGAAGAAAGGGCAUGGGAAGAACAAAGAAAGGGAUAAAGAGAAGAAAAAAGAGGAGAAAGCUAAGCAGUGUAGUGAACUUAAAACAACAGAGCAAAAUAAAUUAAAAGAAAACGACAAAAUUGGACUUAAAGAUUCAAAUUCUUCUGCAGUUCUUUCUAGAAACAGCCACGAGGAUGCUUUUAGUGGGGAAAAUCUCAAAAAGAGGAAGGACAUUGAGUCAAAUGGAGUUCCACGUGUUAAUGACAGUUUGCCCAAUAAACUUCUAAAAUUGUCUUCCUCUCAUCCAUUCACUGAAAAUGGAAGGAUAUUGGAACCUUCCAUGCCAAAUGCUUCGGAUAGGCCACGAGUAGCCACCAGUGUUAAGGUAGAAAACAAAGAAUGCAAGAAAAAUGGCAUCAUUGAAACUCAGCCUUUUUCAGCUUCUUCAAACAAGACUCGCACUGCUAUUGUGCCAGUUGAUUUUAUAACUGAAGCUUCUGCAAAGCCAUCCCAUCCAGACUCCAAGUACCUAGGUCAGGUAUAUUCAGUACCUAAGGUGGAUCAGUGGUCUGAUUUUGAUGAUCAAAAGUGGCUAUUUGACAGCGUUGUUUCACCAGAAAGAAAAUCUGUGGUGCAAUCUUCAGAGGUUGGGGAUACACCACAGGUAUGGGCCGAAGCUCUGCACAUAGAGUCAGCAGAUGUUUUUGCUCUUCCAUAUGUCAUUCCAUACUGA